AUGGGUUAGAAAAAAGAAAAGGUGUAAGAUAAUUAAAGGUAAUCUGAUAGAUUGGAGAUAGAGUAGAAAUUUCAUAGUGCUUGUGGGAUAACUGAAAAUCUUGGAGAUAAAUAAAAUUCAAGCAGAAAUUUUAAACUUGCCAAGUAAUAAAAUAGGGGCAAAAAUAUAAAUUCAAAUAUAAGAUAAAACUUCAUGAAAUCAGACGAGUAACUGGCAAUAUUGUAAAAUGAAUAUGCAAAAAAUCAGCAGUGGAAUUCUGAAAUUUUAACAAGAGCAUGUAAGAAAACUGGACUAUUGAGAGUGUAGGUUUACAAAUGGUACUGGGAUAGAAAAGAAGAACUGAUGAGAAUUUAAAAGGAACGAUAAGAGCUCUGUGAGAAACACUUUGAAAAAUUAUUCAAAGUCACAAAAGUUAAAAAACAUAAGACUCAUUUUGAUUAAGGACUAUAUUCACAAUCAAGAGACAAUAAUUUUAAAUGCUGA